AUGGUACCUGUUUUAGCCAUUGGAACCCAAAAUCCAAUUAAUAUCAACAAGCUCGAGUUUUUCAACAUCAAAUUUGGUAAGAGGACGAGAACGAACCCCUUAAACAGGUCUUUGGACUUUCGAUUAGGUUACAGAAAACGGAUCAAAGACCUAACAUCCAUGACUGAACGAUAUACAAUUAUGAAAAAGAAUACUCGAGAUGAAGAUGAAUGCAUCAUGUUUUGGUAA